UCCGGAGUCGGCUUUAUCGUAUCUACGAGGCGGGUUUUUGAAUCAUUCAGAUCAUCGUGGAGUGAAACGAACAUCGGAAGAGGCAUUCGGACGCGAUGAAACUCAGCCUGAGCCUGUCGCACAGUACAACCUAGCUCACCUGCUGGAAGUUCUGCAGUACGUACUGCAGGAUCUGUACAGCAGCUGUAGCCCCAUGCAGUUCCAUAGGCGCUGGCCUCAACUGAGGGACGCCCUCACAGCCGCCGGCGUCACCAGGGGCGGUGACUGGCAGGCGGUGCUGCUGAGGAGCCCUGACGUCACUGCGCUGGCGAAGCACGCGGCCGAGGUCACGAUCAAGGAGGCUGACAUGUGGGACGUAUACACCGCUCGCGACGUGUCGGCAGUUGCGCUGAUGUUGCCGUAUGAACAGCCUCGAUUCAUCACGGUAAAGAUGCCAGCUGCGGUCCUGCGCGCUGCAGGUCCUAGCUGGUCUGAUCUGGCAAGGCUUUACCGAGGACAACUGAAGCUGGACACUGCGGCAGGGACACCAAGCCCCGAGCCUUGUGACGACAUCUUGGAGUGCCUUAGGGGCUCUCGGUGUCAGCUCACUGAGUUGAGAAGCGGCAUCGGCAGUGCGGGCGCCGUCGCUGCCGUAGUUUCUGUUUCUACGGCCACAACUCAACUGUUCAUCUCACUCCCCGCCCCACUCAACCUGCACUCCCUGCAGGGCAGAUAUAAGCGGCUCGUCGUGCAAAUUUGGCCACUUGAUGCUACCUGGGUUGCGGUGUCCAAGCCACAGCCGUGUCAGGAGGGGCACGACACUGGAGUCAAGACCAACGAGGCAGUAUCUGGCGGGGUAAAUCUACCGGCCCUGCCACUUCCGGAUUUGAUGGUUAGGGGCGCAAAGCCUGGCAGCUGCGAGGCUAUAGCCUCAGCCAUCCGCACAAUCGCUCCACGCACCAGAAGACUGGAUCAGUUAUUGUUGCCACGCUGCCAGUUGGAUGAGGAUGAGUUGCGCCAACUGCUGGUGCAGCUACAAGGCGAUGGCAUCAGGAGCGCCGAUGUCGGUCGCACGCGAAUCACAAAACACACUGGUGGCCUCGUGAAGCUUCAUGUGACAAAAGUCCUCACUGACCCCGAAGCAGCUGCGAAAGCAGUGAGCCAAGUCCUCGAACAGCUACAGUCCAGUGACGCCGGGGACUUCGAGGCUCAGUGGCCGGGAAUACAGCAAGUAAUGCAGGAUGCGGGUGCUUCAGCACGGGACUGGUGGGAGGUGCUGCUGUGCCGCCCCAGCGAGGAGAAGCUCGCUGACAAAGCUGCGCUUGUCACCCGGAGAGAAGAUAGGCAGUUUUUGAUAACGAGCGGUCGGGACUUGGACGCGGUUGCUUUGAUGUUACCAUUCGCUAACAAAAUGACUGUAGACGUGAAUGCAUUACCGGAAGUUCUGGAAACACCAACGUGGCAGCAGAUUGCUUUGCAUCACCGUGGAUGCAUGUACCUUCGCUUUCCUUUCAUGUGCCGUGAACUCCAACCGUGCGACGACCUUCUCCAGCCGCUGGUCGGCAGCGGGUCCAGGGUUGAACGUUUCGAGGGCGGCAUCAGGACGCCUGAAGGGGUUGCAGCUCUGGCAGCCGUUGCGGACAAAUCCAUGCUUCAAAUCCAGCUCGAAGCACCGAUAGAACUUGCCCCUCUGCAGGGAAAAUACGAAAGCCUUCAAAUUUAUACACACUUGGUUAACACGACAGCGGUGCCACUGCCAGCCUUGCCUCCGCCCGUGCUGCACGUGCUAGAGCCUGGCGCUGGUAGCUGUGAGGCUGUGGCUCAGACGGUGCUAGCUCUGUCUCUUAUACACAUCUAG